GUCACUUCAAAUCGAAUCACUACCUCGGUCAGACUGGAAACGAGUGCGACAUGGACGAUCUUUAUUCGUUUGGCAAAUACAGAUACAUUCCGGCUGAGCCGUUGAAGCGAUCGAUUUUUCGUACCGCAAAAAAUUUGUUGCUCGUUUUGUUUGCGACAGUGAAGUGUACGGUUUUAGGCGUUUUCAUACUGAUCAAAUCGCUGAUUUUGUUUAUAAUUCCGCGAUUUUCCAAAGAUAUCCAAAAUCAAGUGGCUCUGAUAACUGGCGGUGCAAAUGGGAUUGGUCGUGCCAUUGGCAUUGAAAUGGCAAAAUGUGGAUGCAAUGUUGCAAUUGCGGAUGUUGAUAUUGAAGGUGCACUUGAUACCGUGGAGGAGUUGCAUUUAAUGGGUGUGAAAGCAUUCGCAUAUGAGGUCGAUGUAGCAAACUAUGAGGAAAUUGUUGCGCUCAAAGAGAAAAUCAAGGCUGAUUUAGGUGAUGUUGACAUACUUAUCAACAAUGCGGGACUAUUACCCAGGGUUUCGCUAUUGCAAGCCAAUCCAGAGGAUAUUUUGCGUAUUGUUAAAGUCAAUUUGAUUGGAUACUUUUGGACGAUUCGAGUAUUUUUACCGGGUAUGAUAGCCAGACAGCGUGGCCACAUUGUUUCGAUUGCAUCAAUAUUGGCACAAGAGACAACCUGUCGGGCUAUUGCGUAUUCUUCAACGAAAUUCGGCGUUCGUGGACUAAUGGAUGGUCUUUAUGAUUUGGUACGAUUGGACAAUCACAAAAUAAAUGUGACAACCGUAUUUCCACCAUUGACAAAUACGAGGAAAGAUUUUAUUGAAACAUUCAUUGCCCAUGGCGGUCUGAAUCCCGCCUCCGAACUGACCUUUUACACACCACAAGAAGUCGCGGACGCAACUGUUGAUGGCAUUUUGAAGAACAAACAAUACGUGUCCAUACCAUCGGUCAUGAAACGAAUGAUCACAUUUCUAAACCUUUUGCCUGAAGAAUUUCAAAAUCUGAUUCGCGAUAAUUUCAAGCCAAACGUCGGACCGGCGAUCAAUGAUCCAAAACCAAAAUCAACUCAUUACAUGAUUGACAAUAACGGCACCAAAUGA